UCGGCUCUGUGCGCAACAGAGGUGCCCCCUUUCAAAGGUCUCAGCACCCUCACGCUACCUCCUGCCGCCACUUCCACCUGGGCCCCCCGCAGCCACAGCAGCUCUCGCCCGACUUCCCCCUGGCUCACCCCGUGCAGUCGCAGCCGGGCCUCAGCGCCCACAUGGCCCCGGCCCACCAGCACAGUGGUGCCCUGCACCAGCCGCUGACCCCGCUGCCUGCCCUGCAGUUCCAGGACGUCACAGGUCCCUCCUUCCUACCUCAGGCCCUGCACCAGCAAUACCUCCUGCAGCAGCAGCUCCUGGAAGCCCAGCACCGCAGGCUCGUCUCACACCCCCGGCGGAGUCAGGAGCGAGCGUCUGUCCAUCCCCACCGACUCCAGCCCAGCUUCGACUUCAGCCACCAGCUGCAGAUGCCUCAGGCCAUGUAUUUGGCUGAGGGCACUGAAUGGAAUCUCAGCGUGGACACUGGCUUGAGUGCUGCUCAGUUCCAGGUGCGGCCCCUCCCUCAGCACUAUCAGCAUUACCUAGCGACUCCCCGGAUGCACCACUUCCCCCGAAAUUCCUCCUCCACGCAGAUGGUAGUCCAUGAAAUCUGCAACGACACUUACCCUCAGCUUCACUUUCUUGCCCUCCAGGGACUAAACUACAGCAGACACACUUCUGCUAUGCGGGAGGAGUUGCUACAACUAGAAGACAGGUUGGAAAAUGUGAUGAGAGGAGCUGUACAGAAUACCAUUGAGAGAUUUACCUUCCCACACAAGUAUAAGAAAAGAAAACCCCAGGACAGGAAAGAAAAGAAGGAGGAGGAGGGGGAAGAGUCAGACACAGAUGAAAAAUGCACAAUCUGCCUAUUUAUGCUGGAAGAUGGAGAAGAUGUGAGACGUCUCCCCUGCAUGCAUCUCUUCCAUCAACUAUGUGUGGACCAGUGGCUGGCCAUGAGCAAAAAAUGCCCCAUCUGCCGAGUGGACAUUGAGAAACAACUAGGAGCUGACAGCUGA